AGCUGUCCCUUUUCCGCCCACGCGGCGGCUGACUAUGAAUGAAGUAUUUGUGGAAGGCCGUCCUCAGCUGGAAACGCUGAAGAAUCACCUGAUCAAGGAGGGGAGACUGGAGGAAGAGGCGGCUUUACGUAUAAUCCGUGAGGGAGCAGCCAUUUUGCGACAUGAGAAAACCAUGCUUGAAGUGGAAGCCCCCAUUACAGUGUGUGGGGAUAUCCAUGGACAGUUUUUUGACCUAAUGAAGUUGUUUGAGGUUGGCGGUUCUCCUCACACCACACGCUACCUCUUCUUGGGGGACUACGUGGACCGAGGAUAUUUCAGUAUAGAGUGUGUCCUUUACCUUUGGAGCCUGAAAAUUAUCCACCCCAAAACCCUGUUUCUGCUGCGAGGGAACCACGAGUGCCGACACUUAACAGAGUAUUUCACCUUCAAGCAAGAAUGUAAGAUUAAGUACUCGGAGCGAGUGUACGACUCCUGCAUGGAUGCCUUUGACUGCCUCCCUCUGGCAGCUCUGCUUAACCAGCAGUUCCUGUGUGUGCACGGAGGUCUAUCUCCAGAAAUCACCUGCUUGGAUGACAUAAGAAAGUUAGACAGAUUCAAGGAGCCGCCCGCCUUCGGCCCCAUGUGUGAUUUGCUAUGGUCUGACCCUGCUGAGGAUUACGGCAAUGAAAAGACACUGGAGCACUUCACCCACAACACAGUGCGUGGUUGCUCCUAUUUCUACAGCUAUCCUGCUGUCUGUGAAUUCCUGCAGAGCAACAACCUCCUGUCAGUGAUCCGGGCCCAUGAAGCACAGGAUGCUGGCUACCGGAUGUAUCGAAAGAGUCAGACAACUGGUUUUCCAUCUCUCAUCACCAUUUUCUCUGCACCGAAUUACCUUGAUGUAUACAACAACAAAGCCGCAGUGCUCAAAUAUGAGAAUAAUGUGAUGAACAUCCGUCAGUUUAAUUGCUCUCCACAUCCUUACUGGCUGCCAAACUUCAUGGAUGUAUUCACUUGGUCUUUGCCCUUUGUUGGGGAGAAAGUCACUGAGAUGCUGGUAAAUAUUCUCAGUAUCUGCUCGGAUGAUGAACUGAUCUCCGAUGGAGAAGACACACUGGAAACUGGCGCCUCUGUACGUAAAGAGAUCAUACGGAAUAAGAUCCGAGCGAUUGGGAAGAUGGCCAGAGUAUUCUCUGUGCUCAGGGAGGAGAGUGAGAGUGUGCUGACACUGAAAGGACUGACACCCACAGGAACACUACCCCAAGGGGUCCUGUCUGGUGGAAGACAGACCCUUGAAAGCGCCACGGUUGAAGCUCAGGAAGCUGUCCGAGGCUUCUCUCCACAGCACAAGAUCCGCAGCUUUGAAGAAGCCCGAGGUCUGGAUCGGAUCAAUGAGCGCAUGCCCCCACGCCGCCCCUCUUCCUCCCAGGACAUCAAUCUGAACUCUACCGAUAAGAACAGUAACAGAGGCCAGCAGUGA